AUGGCCUCCAUGGCUGUGAGAGGACAGGCAGAGAGUUUAGGGGCGACCUUCAUGGUCAAGACGUGGCAGACAUGCCAGGCAAAGGGUUUUGGGAUGGCCUUCUUGGCUGUGACAGGGCAGACUGAGAGUUCAGGAACGGUCUCUACCUCCUUUGGAACUUCUGUAGCGGUCGCCACCGACUCUGGGAAUUCUACUGUGACCAACAUUUUGUCUAUGGCCUUCAACACAUCAGAGAACAUUUUAGAGACUCAUACCAUCAUUAUCAUCAUCAUAUCAUCAUCAUCAUCAUCAAUCAUCAGCCAACCAGAUAAACUUGCCUCCUAUGGAAACCGUAUGUUAAAAACCAGUGAGAAACUCAUUUCUACAUUGGUGAAGCCGACAGAAACAAGUGACAAUGUCAACUUUACUCUUCCCACUGUAGAGGGUCAAGUCUUUAUGGUUGGACCUCUGGUCACCUUAGAGAAAAUCCCUCGACUUGAAACGACAAAUUCUUCUUUGGACAUCGAUCUCAUAGGAAUCGCCAAGAACAACAAUGAAACAAAAUCAGCUGCUGUGGCUUUCAUGAGCUACAACACGAUGGAGAAUCUACUGAAGCCAGACUUCUUCAACACAUCCAAUGACAUGAUUAAAACCAUGAUGUCCACUGUGAUCUCAGCUACUCUUCCCAAAACCACCAACACUAAACUAACUAAACCAGUCAACUUCACCCUCAGACACAUCAGAGAGUUUGAUCCCAGCGGUUCUCUGUUCUGUGUGUACUGGAAUAUCAGCGAGUGGAUUGUAGAUGGUUGUUCUGUUUUAAAGACCACCAGCAGCUACACUGUGUGUUCCUGUGAUCAUCUGUCCACAUUCGCUCUCAUCAUGCAAACCAGCCGCCGUCAGUCAGAGAGCGACCCACUGAUGGCGCUGUUGAAUUUGGUGUGUGUGAUCGUGGGGCUGGUGUUCUUCAGUUUGGCCCUGUUGACCUUUGCUCUUUGUCAGUGGAGUCCUGGAGUGAAUAAUGUGGCUCGAAUCAACAUCUGCAUCAGUCUUCUGUUGGCUCACCUUCUGUUUCUGCUCACACAGCGGUUCCUGAGCCUCAUACAGCAUAAGAAGGUGUUGUGUGCCGUGAUCUCAGGCCUUCUGCACUUCCUCUUUCUCUCCGGCUUUGUGUGGAUGUUCAUUGAAGCUGUGCUGCUCUUCAUCUGUGUGAAGAACCUAUCACAGAUCCGCUCCAAAAAGAGGGAAGUGCUUAGCAGUGGAUUCCUGUGUGUGAUUGGAUAUCUGGUUGCUCUGGUUGUGGUGUGUGUGUCUGUCGGUCUGGUUCCUGAAGGCUACGGCAGCAAACACUGCUGGAUUAAAAUGGAUAAAGGUUUUUUCUGGAGUUUUCUGGGUCCUGUUUGUGUCAUACUAGCCAUAAACACGAUCCUCUUCUUUAGAGUCAUCAUCAGUCUGAGCUCAACUCUCAAAAGUCUAAAUGCUGAAGUUUCACAGAUGAAACAAACCAAGAUCAUGGUGUUUAAAACACUGGCUCAGUGUGUGGUUCUUGGUUGCUCCUGGAUUCUGGGUUUCUUCACUAAUGGCAGUAAGGUGCUGGAGAUCCUCUUCCUGAUCUUAAACUCCCAGCAGGGAACCUUCAUCUUCCUGAUCCAUUGUGUCUUCAAUAAUGAGGUCAGGCAGCAGUACAGGAAGUUCGUCAGAUGUCUUUGGAGUGGACAAAAACAACACUGAGAACUACAGAAUCAUGUUCAGAGAGUAAAACAUACUGAUCAAGUGCCAAUGUUAUACAGAUUAUUAUAUAUAAUAGUUGCUGCUCCUUCCUGCAAAUGAUAGAAAAACAUGUUAUUCAUUCAUUCAGGAUUUUCUUGGUGAAGGGUCAACAAACAUAUUUUUAGAGAUUCCUCAAAAUACCUAACUUAAACAUUUUCAUGUAAGUGCUGUCUACAUAAGUAACUAAAAUGUUUCCUCUGCAUGGACCUCUUUUAGACUAUAUUACUUUAAAUAUUAAUAUGCCUCAUACAAAAUAUGUCAUAUAAAUGCAAAAUGUAUUUUCAGGAGGGAGGGCCGCAGGUUUUAAAGGUAUUGUGAUACAUUUAAAACUAUAAAAAUAACUACAUAAUCAGAUAAUGUCUAACAUUCAAAAUGAGUCUGUAUUGUCAUGUGGCUUGAAUUUUCUAUUAAAACGUGUGAAUGACUA